GGGACUACAACUCCCGGCGUACCCCGCGCCCAGGGCUCGUUACCACACUGGCUGCCCUCUCAGGGAAUACCGGGAACGGAACGUUGCUUCAAGCGGCUACCGUGAAGUUGGCGUCGCCGCGACGUGAUGAUGUCACAAAGAUGGAGGAUGCAGGAGAGCGCCUUUACUGAUUCUAAAAAUGCUCAGCGGUUGGAAGGCAUAAGUCUUCCCCCGGGAUCCCUAGUUUUCAGGAGAGAUGUCUGUUUUCUUCUGUCUUUCGAAGUCACAGCGGCCUAGCUGGCCCGUGACCACGAACAGAGGCGUCGCGGAUUGAUUACGUUACACCCAAAGGUUGCGCCGAAUCGGUUUCUAACGAGAAUUUUAAAAAACGAUUGGUUCUAAGGAAAGGAAGGAGCCGCGAGACCCUCCAACUGCCGGGGAAAUCAGGUUUUGUCUGGCAAAGUCCUCGGUCCAAGCGGGCCGCAACCGCCACUCAACGGCCCCUCGCCACACGGCGCCACUACACUGCGCGUGCGCAAGCUCCUGUCAAACGUGCUAACGGAGGCCGAGAAGAUAAAAAAGGCGGGAGCUACGAAUCCCAAUUAGAGCAAAAUGGCGCGGGAAAACGAGAUGCAGGAGUUCACUCGUAGCUUCUUCCGAGGCCGCCCGGACCUCAGCAUGCUCACGCACUCCAUCGUGCGGCGGAGGUUCUUGGCUCACACUGGCCGUGACCAUCUGAAUCCCAAGGAGAAGCAGGCACUGAAGCGGCUAGUUGAGGAGGAACUGCUGAAGAUGCAGGUGGAUGAAGCGGGUGCCAGAGAAGGACUAGACCUUGCCAAGAAGGCAAAGAGGCCUCCCACCCCCUGCAGUGACCCAGAGAGAAAAAGGCUCCGUGUGAAUUCGGAAUCAGAGCCCAGUGCUGCAGCCUCCAAUCCAAACUGCUUCAGCCACCCGGCAAAGUAUGGGAUGGCAGCAGUAGUCAGCCCAGUGAAGGAGAGUCCAAAGCGAGCCUCAAAAAAAGCAGUUGAGAGCAGUGACGAGGAAGAACAGAAGAGGGACCUUACUGCAAAGGUUGGAUCAGAGGAGGCAGUGAAGGAGAGCUGUGAGGAAGAGGAGGAGAGCUCUGCUGGAACAAGUAAGGUUUGGAAAGAGGAGAGCAGUGGGGAAGAGGAUAAGGAGGAGUCCAAAGGCAGGACUAGGAAUAAACGUGCAACAAGAGACAGGACCCGGUGGAAGGGUGGCAAAAGGCAGAGUGGAAGCAGUGAGGAGGAUGGGGAAGACAGCUGGAGGAAGUUGAAACCAGCUACUAAAGGCAUGGGAAAGUCAGCCAAAGUGGAAAAUGGAAAGACAGCCAAUGGUGAGGCAAGUGAUUCAGAGAGGGAGGCCAGUGACAGUGAGGCAGGGGGGACCCCCAAGGGGGAGAGGAAGAACCGCUCUUACAGGAAGAGCGCCAAGAAAAGCAGGACACGAAGCUCUUCCUCCUCCUCUUCAAAUGGCAGUCCGGAACCCAGAGGCAGGAAGGUGAGGGUGAGGAUGGGGUGGGAGGCCACAACUAAGAACAAGCAGGCACCAGGCAAGAUUUCAGACAGUGGGAAGCAGGCCAUGCAAGAGAGUAACAGUGAGGAGGAACCCACCCAAAGGACGGAAAACAAAGGGGCUAAAAGACACCAGGAAAGUGAAAAGGAGAGCAAGGGGGAGGAGAUCCUAGCCAAGAAAGAGAACAGAGAGGAAGAGGAUUGGAAACUCAGAACUCCAAACAAUGGAGGGAGAAAGUCAGCUUGGGAGGAGAGGAGCGGUAAGCAGAAAAACAGGGCUGUGCUGGGAGACUGGGGGGACAAAGAGGAAGAGAAGGAGAAAGGAGCAGAAGGCAGCGGAGGUAACAGUGAGGGAGAUGAAGAGCCCCUAGUGCGGAGAAAGAGCAAGGACAGGACUCAGUGGAAUGGUGGCAAAAGGCAGAGUGGAAGCAGUGAGGAGGAUGGGGAAGACAGCUGGAGGCAACCAGCUACUAAAGGCAUGGGAAAGUCAGCCAAAGUGGAAAGUAGAAAGACAGCCAAUGGUGAGGCAAGUGACUCAGAGAGGGAGGCGAGUGACAGUGAGGCAGGGGGGACCCCCAAGGGGGAGAGGAAGAACCGCUCUUACAGGAAGAGCUCCAAGAAAAGCAGGACACGAAGCUCUUCCUCCUCCUCUUCAAAUGGCAGUCCGGAACCCAAAGGCAGGAAGGCUGGUCAUCGUGAUGAGGACCACCCUGCUGUGAUGAGACUAAAGCGCUACAUUCGGGCCUGUGGUGCCCAUCGCAACUACAAGAAGCUGCUGGGCUCCUGCCGCUCACGCAAGGAGCGCCUGUGUGUCCUCCGGGCAGAGCUGGAAGCUCUGGGCAUGAAGGGUAACCCUUCUUUAGAGAAGUGUCGGGCUCUGAAGGAGCAGCGUGAGGAGGCAGCUGAGGUGGCAUCCUUGGACGUUACUAAUAUUAUCAGCUGUUCAGGUCGGCCACGCAGACGCACGGCCUGGAACCCUUCAGAAGCAGCCACCCCUGGGGAGCUAUACCGCCGGGCCCUGGACUCAGAGGAAGAGCGGCACCGUCCCCCAAGGCCAGACUGGUCACAUAUGCGUGGCAUCAUCAGCAGUGAUGGUGACAGUAACUGAGCUCCCCCAUCUAUUAACAGGGACUUUACACACUUGUAGAAAGCACAUAUAUAGCCUGCCCCCGACAACCAACCCCUAUUCUGUGCCCGCAGAGCAAAAGUAACUUUCUUCAGAGACUUGAAACCCCCAGAGACACAGUUGUUGGGAUCUCACUUCUCAGUUUCACAUUCUCAGUUUAAAGUGCUUACAGGGGUUUAUUUUUUGACUUAAUAAAGAAGUGUUUGAAUCACCUCAUCAAAA